AUGUCCGGUCGAGCAAAUUCAAAAAUUCGCGCUGAAAUUAUUUUACUUUUGCUUUUAAUGUACUUUAAAGAGUAUGAAGAGUUUCAAAUAAAGCUGAGCUCAAUACGUUGCCAGAACCUAGAUCCUACCUUCCUUAAUAUCUCCAAAUGCAUAACGAAAGCUGUUUCCCGCAGCAUUACAGAGACUACAUUGAAUGUCACUUUACUUCAAGGGCCUGUAAAUAAUGUUACCGUAAAGCUAAAAUUUAUGAAGAAAUCAACGGACUAUAAUUUGUAUUAUGGCGAACAAACUAUUAAUAUCUGCAAAUUUUUAAGCUAUCGCACACAAUAUCCAAUAUCGAAUUAUCUUUUCGAUUUAUUACAACCCUAUUCCAAUGCAAAUCAUACCUGUCCGUAUGAAGGUGCUAUUAUAUUGGACCGAUUCCGCAUAGAUAACAACAAAUUAACUUGGCUUCCAAUACCAACAGGUGAAUUUGCAUUCUUCUCAGAAUGGUAUACGGAUAAUAAGCUUCGAUUGGAUCUAAGAUUUUAUUUCUCGUUUGUAGAAUAA